AGGUUCGUUUAAUACCAAAGCUUUGUUUGAAGAAUAUUUUGUUCGUAAAAUAGACCUGAUUUGGUACCAAAAUGGUUGAACUUUACGGCAUUCCCGGCCUUAUAAUGAAUUACGAGUCAUAUCUUUCUGAAACGAAAAAUGCCUAUUUAUACAUAUUCCAGUUGUUAUUUAUGUGUAAGACUUGGUCAGAAAUAAGAUAUUUGCAUAUUAAAAAAUGGAGAAUAAUGGUAUAUCGAUGACUGUGUAAAAUCUUAAUACCGGAAAUUUUGAUUAGAAUUAUGCGUGAAUAUGAAAUUCGUUUACUUAUGUUCUACCUUGAUUUGUUUCUAUUGAAAAGAACUUGCAAAUAAAUACAUAAUUUGAAAAGUCCGCAACAUUCGUUUAACAGAUAUAAACGAAUGCCAAACAAAUCCAUGUGAGAAUAAAGGAACGUGUGAGGAUAAAGUGAACGGCCGGAUAUGUUACUGUAAAGAUGGCUAUGAGGGUACAAACUGUGAAAAAGAUAUAAAUGAAUGUUCAAGCAAUCCAUGCAAGAACGAUGGAUCAUGUACAGAUCUUGUCAAUGGAUAUGAAUGUACAUGCGUGCCCGGAUACGACGGCACAGUGUGUGAUAAUGAUAUCACGACAACGACAAGGUCGAGUGAUCAAAAUUUUGUACGGACAUCUGUCACCAUGAUAUUUCCAGUCAAAUCAAAUUUCAGUGUUUCAGAUUCUAAAUUAAAGGAUGAUGUAAAAUAUCAGCUGAUGACAAUAUACAAAGGUUACAUGGGCGAGACAUUCAAGGACUUAGUCAUAAAUCGCAUAAGUGCUGGAAGUCUUGUGGUUGAUUUCGAUCUUAUUUAUGAUAAUGAUACACCCGCUGCAUCAAAGGAUAUUGCCGAGGCAAAUAUUGCUCUUCUGAGUGGAGGAUCAAACAUUGAAGUGUUAAAUGAAACUGUUUCUGCAACGUCAUUAAAAGUAAAUGGUGUUAUCGUUACUAACACUACUUUAUCAGAUCAUAAGUCUGUUUGUAAUAUGUAUGAAGCACUCAAUGGAAUGUGUCCUUCUAAUCAACACUGCAUUGCUGUGGAUAGUCAACCAUCAUGUGUGUUUAAUGAAGUAGAUAAAAACAAUGGUUUGGCACGUGUGAUUGUAAUGGUUGUUGUUGCAAUAGUUGCCCUAACCAUAAUCGUGCUAAUCACCUUACUUGUAAUUCGUAAGAUACGAAGGAUGGAAAAUCGUAACUUACCAGAUGAAGAAAAAAAGUUCACCAGAAGAAACAAUAGAUAUUUGAGUCAGAUCACAAUGAAAUCCUUAUCACAGUCAUGUCCCAGACCAUGACGACUACUCAAGACGAUCAAGUGACUUGUGUUGUGUAACUUCCACAGUAUUAACUCGCUACUGUGAUACUCAAUAUACGUGACAUUUCAUGCGUUAAGUUAAGAUUACAUUCUAUCUAUAAAAAAAAAUUGCAAUCUGUUAGCAUCAAAAUCAGGAAAAAAAUACGGUCUGUCUAAAAGUGAUGACUAUUUAUCUCAUUAACAAAUUUAAAAACCGUCCUUUUUAUUCAAUUUUUUAUUCUAAACUUGUUUUCUUGUUGCGCAUUCUUUAUUCGUGCCAGUGUAAUUCUUUGUUUAUAUAUCUGCAUUGACAAUUACUUUCAUUAAUGUUCACUGAGACAAAACUGCAUACAAAUCAUUUGAUUACUUUACAAUGUCCUAUCUCAAUAUAU